AAACUAGGCUUACUCCUCCUAUGUUUGCUUUCUUUCUUUUCAAGGAUGCUUUAAGAAGGGAGAGAAGCUAAGAGAGGAGGGGAGUUGAAAACAAAAAAAAAAAAAAAAAAAAAAAAAAAAAAAAAAAAAAACCAUAAAAAUGGUAGAAUCAUAGAAUUAGAUAAUUAAAGCAGUUAGAAAAGCAAUACAAGAACUUGGGGUUUGUAUUGUGGGUGUGACCUGAAACUAUUCUUGUUGUUUUGAGUGAGCGUACAAGCAAGGAUGGGAACCUCAUUUAUAUAAUUCUCCUUUUCUUGGGAUUUUCAAGUCUUUUUUUUUUUUUUUUAAUAAAAAUAUAAUAUGCUUAUAAUUAAAUGUGUGGUAUAAACAUGGAUUCUACAAAUCUCCAUAAUCAUCAUCUUCAUGAAGAUGAACUUGUAAUUGGUUCCUCAAAUGCAGAAGCUUCUUUUCCUUCUCCAUGUUUUAGUAUUGCAAAUAAUGAGCAUUCUUGGAGGAAUUCUCCCACUUUUUUCUUGAAUAAUGGAAAUAUUCAAGAAACUUGUGCUGAAGUUACUCCAUCCUCCCUCAAUAAUCCCAUAAUACAAUACAUGGGUUAUUCAUGGUCUAACGAUCCCAUAAGUAUUAAUCAAUCAUCUUCUCAUCAAGAAAAUGAUCAUCAACUCAAGGAAGAACCUUCACCUUCAACAUCCUCAGAUCAUCAUCAUCAUCACAGUAAUUCUAAUUUAAUGACAUUUAGUGACAUGUUAAACUCCUCCUUAACUUCUCCAAAUGAAAUGUUACUUCUGAAUAACCCCAUGAUUUCUAAUAAUAGAAAGCUUCAUCAACAUCAACCAUCAAAUUCAGCAUUUCCAUCAAGUAUACAAUAUCAAAAUAGUAAGGGGAUGAGUACUACUUUUAGUCACAUUUUUCCAAGUAUAAAUAUUUCAAACAUGUCUUCAUCAACAUUAUCUUCAAGCUCAAGCUCAAGCUCAAGCUCAAUAGAUCAAAUGGCUAAUAAUUUACAAGGUGGAUUUGAUCUGUUUACAACCGCUAGAUUAUUAAGUGGAGAGAGUCUUAAUCAUUGUACUUCACCUAAUAUUCAUCUUCUAGAACUGUUUGAAGGUAGACCUCAGUUGAGCAUUGAUCAAGAUUUGCAGCAAUCUAAUGAUCAGAUCAAAUUAUCAGAUAUUGCUAAUAAUAAUCUUUCAUCUUUAAGCAAUAAUGGAGUCCCAGCUGAAACAAACAUUUUGGUACAGAAAUCAGCUCCUCAAAUGCCAUCAAAAAAGCAAAGGUUUGAUUCAUCACGCCCUUCUUGCCCUCCAUUUAAGGUUAGAAAAGAGAAAUUAGGAGAUAGAAUCGCAGCUCUUCAACAAUUAGUGGCACCCUUUGGCAAGACAGAUACAGCUUCGGUUUUGAUGGAAGCAAUCGGAUACAUCAAAUUCCUACAAAGUCAAGUCGAGACACUUAGUGUUCCAUAUAUGAAGUUGGCCUCAUCAAGCAACAAUAGCUCCAAUACUCAAAGGGGCGUUGAGAAGAAUGAAUAUGGUGAAGAUGAAGAGACAAAAGUGCGAGACCUUAGAAGCCGUGGGUUGUGUCUAGUGCCGCUAUCAUGCAUGUCAUAUAUAAAUAUAGCAACAGAUGCUAUUAAUGGUGCUAUUUGGCCACCUACUAAUUUUAAUCCUGCAUCUGGCUUCUAAUUAUUAUUUUUUUUUUUACAACGGAAGCAUUAUAUAUUGUGUUAAAGUAGGUGUAAUCUAGGGAUUUCAAUUGUAUGAUUAAUGGAGCAAACUUGGUCAUCUUGAAUGAAUUUAUAAUCAAGAUAGACCACGUCUGAUCCAUUUAUCCACCCAAACUAAAUAUAUUAAUUGUAUUACUGUAUUAUCAUUUUUGCUCGAUAGAGAGAUCAUGCAAGUAUAAUUUUUUUUUUCUUUUUAGAAUAAUGGGUUAGCCUAGUUGCAGGGUUUGCUAAUAAAUUGUCAUCAAUUAUGAAAAAUUAUGCACAUGAUUUCUCUUCAAGGUAUUUCAAUCAUUUCCAAA